GUCUCUGCCCCUCGGUCAGUCAGUGGGUUUCGUAAUGGCGAUCAAUGGGGUUGGCGUUGACGUCAUGCCAACGAAUGUUUCCUCGGUAGGACGUAGGAGCUGGGGGUUAGCUUUGUCCGGCUAUUGUUUGCACCACAUCGUCCACAGGCGUCAAACUUCUUUUCUCCUUUGCUUUUUCUAACACCGCUCAAUUGAUCGUUUACCUAUCCACAUACACCGCUGUACCCACACCCUCUGCUUUCGCACACUCACGACCAACACUCACACCACACACACAUAAUCAUGUCUGCUAUCCGUUCCCUUGCGACUCGUCGCGCGCCCUUUGUCUCGUACGGCAUUGCGCAGCGCGCGGCGUUCCAUCAGUCGACAACUCGCUCUGCGGGCAAGGAGUCGACUCUGCACAGCGAGGGCCGCUCCGAUGAGGUCCAUGAGCUCAAGCAGGACCAGUUGAAGAAGCAGAAGGAUGGCAAGGGACACUGGGAGGAGGGUCUCGCGAGUGACAGCGAGAGCAUUGUCAAGGCCGAUCGAAACGAUACCAACAUGUCGUCUGAUCAGCACAUCAAGAAACUGCAGGAGGAGACUGCGAAGGUCGCUAGCAAGAAAUAGAGGGCCGGGCACGCUGCGUAUUCUAUCUGGCGCCACAAAACAAUGAAUCGGGGAGGAUUAGGGCAUAUGACAGU